AUCUAUAUUAAACCAUUACAAUAAGGUAGCAUAGCAUUUCGAGAUAAUUUUAGAGUCGGUUCAAGUCUGAAAGCUUUCAGAACCACCAAGCAAGGACAGCGCACUUUAGAGCUUUAGAAAGUGUUGCGUGAGCUCGUUUGCACUGGCCACCUUUCAUGUGCCUGUCGUGCUUUCUCUAAUAUCCCUAAACCGCCUAGAGCGGGGACUCGUAAUGUCGCCUGACGACAAUAACGGUACCCCCUCCCAACAACAGCUAUAAACGCAUCAGCGGCGGCGUUGUGUGUCUUUUCUGCAACGAAGUCUGAGACGGAGCCAGGUUUGAUUGUGCAGUAUAUUAAAACAUCCAUAAUGGGCAAGGAAAAGAUUCACAUCAACAUUGUAGUUAUUGGACAUGUGGAUUCUGGCAAGUCCACCACUACAGGUCAUCUAAUCUACAAAUGCGGAGGCAUUGACAAGAGAACUAUUGAGAAAUUUGAGAAGGAAGCUGCUGAGAUGGGCAAGGGCUCCUUUAAAUACGCCUGGGUGUUGGACAAACUGAAAGCUGAACGUGAGCGUGGUAUCACCAUUGACAUCUCCCUGUGGAAGUUUGAAACCAGCAAGUACUAUGUUACCAUCAUUGAUGCCCCGGGGCACAGGGAUUUCAUCAAGAACAUGAUCACUGGUACCUCCCAGGCUGACUGUGCCGUCCUGAUUGUCGCCGCGGGCGUUGGAGAGUUUGAAGCUGGCAUCUCCAAGAACGGGCAGACUCGCGAGCAUGCACUGCUGGCCUACACCCUGGGGGUCAAGCAGCUGAUUGUCGGCGUUAACAAGAUGGACUCCACUGAGCCACCUUACAACCAGAAGAGAUACGAAGAAAUUGUCAAGGAAGUCAGCACUUACAUCAAGAAGAUCGGCUACAACCCAGACACCGUGGCUUUCGUGCCAAUCUCUGGCUGGAACGGUGACAAUAUGUUGGAGCCCAGCACUAACAUGACCUGGUUCAAGGGCUGGAAGGUCACCCGCAAAGAUGGCAGUGCUGCUGGUACUACCCUUCUGGAAGCAUUGGAUGCAAUCCAGCCACCAUCUCGUCCCACUGAUAAACCCCUGCGUCUUCCUCUUCAGGAUGUCUACAAAAUUGGAGGUAUCGGUACUGUGCCAGUAGGCCGUGUUGAAACUGGUGUCCUGAAACCUGGUGUGGUGGUUACCUUCGCUCCUGUCAACAUCACCACUGAAGUCAAAUCUGUUGAAAUGCACCAUGAGGCUCUGUCAGAGGCAAAUCCUGGAGACAAUGUUGGCUUCAAUGUCAAGAAUGUGUCAGUGAAAGACAUCCGCCGUGGAAACGUUGCCGGAGACAGCAAGAACGACCCUCCACAGGAGGCUGCUAACUUCACUGCACAGGUCAUCAUCCUGAACCACCCAGGUCAGAUCAGUGCUGGCUAUGCUCCUGUGCUGGAUUGCCACACUGCUCACAUUGCCUGCAAAUUCGCUGAGCUGAAGGAGAAGAUUGAUCGUCGUUCUGGCAAGAAACUGGAAGACAACCCCAAGUCCCUGAAAUCUGGUGAUGCUGCCAUCGUUGACAUGGUCCCAGGCAAACCUAUGUGUGUUGAGAGCUUCUCUGACUAUCCUCCUCUGGGGCGCUUCGCUGUGCGUGACAUGAGGCAGACUGUGGCUGUUGGAGUCAUCAAGGCUGUGGAGAAGAAGGCUCCCACCUCGGGGAAGAUCACAAAGUCUGCCCAGAAGGCUCAAAAGGCAAAAUGAAUUCUGUGUUCAUUACCUGCCACCUCAGUAAUCAAUGGCAGAAUGGUCUCUGAACUGUUUCAUUCAAUUGGCAAUUUAAGUUCAAUAGUCAAAGACUGGUUAAUUGUUAUAAUGCAUCGUAAAAGUAUCAGAAGGAAAAAAAAAAAUGUUUUGUGGACAUUUGUAUAGUGGCAGUUAAUUUUUGAAGUUACUAGUUUUAAUUGUACUUUUCAGUGGGAACAGCACAAUGACCAGUAAGUCUGUAGUGAAAGUUGAGACCAUUUAAAAACAUAAAACGUAAACCUACGUGUGUUGACAAUUAGUUGUCCCAAGAUUGUGCUUUAGUGUUUUUGCAAGUAGCAGGUACUAAUUCUCCUGAUUUUGCAGUACAUUUUUUUAAGUACAAAUUGGAUGUUUCUACAUUGUUAAGUUAUGUUUCCCUUGUAUAAUUGAGAGGGCAUGUAAACAUCCCAUAAUGUGCUCUGUAUUUUGUUGAAAUAAUAUUGUUAAGUUAUGUUUCACUUGUAUAAUUGAGAGGGCAUGUAAACAUCCCAUAAUGUGCUCUGUAUUUUGUUGAAAUAAGCUAUCUGGCACUUUUGCACUUAAAAUUUGAUUGGCAUCUACUAUGUGCACCUUAUUCAAUUUCUGUGAACAAGAGCCUUUCAACAAUCCACAUUAAAAUGUUUCAAAUUA